AACCAUUCAUACAUGCCAAUAUCAUCAUCAUGUGUAUAACUAUAAAACCCAACCAACCAUUCCUUACAUUUUGCACACCACUACAUUCAAAUACAAAUCUAUCUUCUAUCUGCUAUCUCAUACAAGUUAAUUAACAAGAGAGGCAGAGUCUAGUCUGAUUUACAUACAUCGAUGGAGGGAAAGCCGCUUUCUGCAAACAUUAAUCGUGUUUAUGAAGACAUUGAACCGUCAGCUGAAUGGGAAAGAGAGGAAGCUUGUGACACUCUCCUCGUUUAUCUGCACGGAUUUAGAAAGGAGAAUCUGAGGAUUCAAGUAACGUCGUCUCGCAACAUAAGGGUGUUUGGUGAACGCGCACUUGGUCAUGACAACAAAUGGCAGCGUUUCCGAAUGGAAUUCCCCAUUCCCUUCAACUGCGAUACCAACGACAUCACUGCUAGAUUUGAGAACGGCAUUCUCUACGUUAAGCUUCCAAAGACUAUUGCUCCCGCAGUAGUUGAAUCGAGGGCCAAACCACAAAAGCCACCCACCACCACAGAAGCUCCUAGGCCACCCGCCACGGGAGCUCCAAAGCCACCCAAAGAAGCUCCCAAGCCACCAGCUGUGGAAGCUCCCAAGCCACCCAAAGAAGCUCCCAAGUCACCCACCACAGCAACACCUAAGCCUCAAAAGCCCGCACCCACCACAGAAGCGCCUAAGCCUCAAAAGCCCAUAAGCACAAGUGAUCUGCCACAGCCUCAACAGAGGACUGAUGCUAAUCAAGAACAGAACAAGAAAAGCGAUGGUGGAUCACAUUACGUGCCUGAGGUGCCUCCGCGGGCACCGGAGAAAGAGAAGGAACCAAUUCAUCAUCCAAGUACGGUGAAGAAGAGUACUGAUAGCCAUGCGUUAGCAGAGGCUAGCAAUGCUGCUGCUAAAAAACUUGAAGAUAAUCGGGCGAAAAAGGUUGAGGAGGAUUCGACAAAGGAGGAGUAUAAAAGGGCAAUAUUCGGGCACGAGAACACCGCUGGGGGUGUUGAUAGGUGCUAUAGAGCACAAGGUUAUAACUAUAAGCAGGUGCUUCAAGGCUUGAUCAUGGAGCUGAAGCAGCAGCCAAGGAAAUUGGUAAACUUGGGUCUGGCAUUUUUAUUUAUUCUGGUACUUGGGUUUUAUGUCAAACACGCAAUCACUUUCGUUCGGGAAUUCAAACGCGAAGAACUCUAAAUCUGUAACAGCGUCUUGUGUAUAGAAGCCGUUCUAACCGUUGAAUAAAAUGCAUAUACUAAAUGCAUGAAUUGAAUAAAAUGGCUUAACAAUUUGGAGGGCUAUAUAUGCCCAAUUGGUUUACUUACAA